ACCACCUGGUUUCUUUCCUCCGUGCGCUACUCACCCAAUGAAGGACUUGUCCUUCUUUCUUCUAAAAAACUGUGUGGCAGCCAAGAUGAGGAAAGGGUAUAGAGGCUUUUGUAAUGAUGAUGGCUCCACCUCCAUUCUCAACCAGCGCAAAGCCGCGGGCAGUGACUCUUCCAGGGUGGCCCAGUAUGAUCUUAACCGUUCCUCCUACCUGGAUAAUGCGACUUCGGCGCAAGCCCCACCAACCCUGCAGGAGAUGAUAUUGCAGCUAGAGUUUGAAGAGAGGAUAGCCAGAAGAGCCAAGCUAGAUGAUCAGUAUGGUGCAGCGCCUCGUCGAAUGUCCUGUGUCAACAACUCAGACAUUCUACGAUCAGCAAGAAAUGCCUUGAACCAGUACCCUAGGUUCUCCCUUGACGGAAAGGACGCCAUGUAUCAAUCCUCAUUCCGAAACAUGCCCCCUGUUAGUGGGAGGAGGUCCAUUUGCUGCAACCAUGGUUUCGGUUGCAGAAAGAGUGGGUGUAAUUCAGAAUUGGAGAAAAGCGCGUGUUUGCCGCCGAUACUAGCUGGGGAGAGCGUAGUGUGGUGCAAACCGGGAGUGGUUGCUAAGUUGAUGGGGCUCGAGGCCAUGCCCGUUCCAGUGCAUGGCAACCGGAGGACAGAGAAGUUGAGCUCCGCCAAUAUUGUUAGAAGGCAAAACCUGAGGAAGAGAGCUGAAAAGCAUGAAACGGAGAGAAGAAAAGCAGCAGCCAUGGAUAUAAACGGUCGCGGCCGCGUGAAGGGUUCGGCUUGUUCUGCAACAAAAUACUGUACGAUGAAGCCAACUACAGUGGAGCCUGCGAGAAACGAUGGAACAGGUUGGCCAGUUCGACGUUUUCUGUAGAAGCUAGCUGGCUAGCAAGCUCUCGAACUGAUUUGAAAAGUUUUUACCAUGUAAUUGCAAUAAUUAAUUAAUCAAACAUAUAGCAAGUACCUUGUUAACUUUGGUUUAUUUCGAAUUCGAACGGCAUACGUUAUGUGUGAUACUGAAUGGGUUACAGUUUAUUUCGACCAAAAACAUCUCAAACGACAGCUCAUUUAUUGCGUUCACGCAUUUCAAAUGAGCUCAUUUAUUACAACCAAAGACAUCGACCGAUCGAGAGAAAGAGAAGAGAAACAUUUGAAUCUACGAUCAGCAGUUUAC